AUGGCAACCGCAACCGAUUUUGCUGACGUUGACGGCUGGAUUCAACAUCUUAUGCAAUGUAAACAGCUGCCAGAAGCUGAUGUAAAGAGAUUGUGCGACAAGGCUCGGGAAAUCCUUAUGGAAGAGUCUAAUGUGCAGCCCGUUAGAUGUCCUGUAACAGUUUGUGGAGAUAUCCAUGGCCAAUUCCAUGAUUUAAUGGAACUUUUCCGUAUUGGAGGAAAUUCCCCAGAUACCAACUAUUUAUUUAUGGGAGAUUAUGUUGAUCGUGGUUACUAUUCGGUUGAAACAGUUACUCUACUUGUCGCUCUUAAAGUCAGAUAUAGAGAUCGCGUUACAAUUCUUCGAGGGAAUCACGAAUCUAGACAAAUAACCCAAGUUUACGGAUUUUAUGAUGAAUGCCUAAGAAAGUAUGGUAACGCAAAUGUUUGGAAGUUUUUUACCGACCUAUUCGAUUUUCUACCUCUAACAGCAUUGAUUGAUGAACAGAUUUUUUGUCUUCAUGGAGGUCUUUCUCCAUCAAUUGAUACAUUAGAUCAUAUUCGAUCAUUAGAUAGAAUUCAAGAAGUUCCACACGAAGGUCCAAUGUGUGAUUUAUUAUGGUCUGACCCAGAUGAUCGAUGUGGUUGGGGGAUUUCGCCCAGAGGUGCUGGAUAUACCUUUGGGCAAGACAUAUCAGAAGCAUUCAAUCAUAAUAAUGGACUAACAUUGAUCGCUAGGGCUCAUCAAUUAGUUAUGGAGGGAUAUAAUUGGUCACAAGAUAGAAAUGUCGUCACAAUCUUCAGUGCUCCAAAUUAUUGUUAUCGAUGUGGUAAUCAAGCUGCUAUUAUGGAGAUAGAUGAACAUUUGAAAUAUACUUUUCUACAAUUCGACCCCGCUCCAAGAAGAGGAGAACCACAUGUAUCUCGUAGAACACCUGAUUACUUCUUGUAA